GAGCGAGCGGGGCCUGGGCGGCCGGCAGUCUUCUCGCUCCGCCGCCCCGCGGCCGCGCUGAGGUACCGAGCCCGGGCGGAGCGCGCCGCCGUCCCCUCCCCUCUUGUCCACGCUGCCCAUGCCUCGGCGCACCGGCUCCGAGCUUUGCCCGCGGCACGUGGAGGGCGCGGGCGGUCGUGGGCGGUCGUGGGCGGUCGUGGGCGAGGGGCCCUGCGCUCCGAGCUGGGCGCGUGGACUACGUCCCCCAGCCCCCGCCGUCUGCGCCGCCCGUCGAGGCGACUUUCCCGCACGAGGCGAGGCCCGCCCUGGUGGCCCCGCGCCGUGGUUCGGUGGCGCGAGAGGCGGGGAGUCGCCGUGGUAAACGGGGCCUUGGGGCGUCACGAAGGGGACCCAGACGCGGGAGGCCAGACUUCCCCGGCGACCCGAGGAGGGGACCUGCGGCGGAUUCCGAAGCCGCUUUUUCUGCGUAGCCUGGAGGGUGUAAAUCGCCGAGAUUCUCCUGUGUGGAGAAGGCGCCGGUGCCCGCCCGCUGCUGCCCGACUCUAGAGGGGUGUCUUUUCCCGUUAAUCUGAGCGCAGUCGCGGAGCCCCUGUUUCCCACGCAGCCUGUGUUAAGUGGCCUCGUGAGUUUUCGCGCGGCAUCCUUGGUGCCUCUUCUUUGAAGCUAAGCUUCCAUAACUCUAAAGCACUUUUCGUUUUAAACUCAAACCAGACUCACACUUGAUGUUUCUAUGAUCAUCUAUCUCCCAGUACGGAUGGAUGAGUUUGGCUUCAAGAAUGUGCUCGUGGCUGGUGCCAAGGGAGCACAAAUCCCGAAGAGCCCGUGGGCGUGGACUGCUCAUCUGUAAUGAAAGUGGAGACAUGACCUUGAGAUUUGGCUGACCCAGCAAUGCCGGGGCCUUCGCAAGUCUGAUGUUCCAGGACUCCAGUGCCUGUUGGUGUGGACGGAGGACACGGGGCCCCGACCAUGGUCACACUCAUCACUGAGAAGCUGCAGAGCCAGAGCCUGGACGACCUCACCUGCAAGGCGGAGGCUGGCCCGUUGCAGUAUUCUGCCGAAACCCUGAACAAGAGCGGUCGUCUGUUCCCUUUGGAGCUCAACGACCAGAGUCCCUGGAAGGUCUUCAGUGGAGGACCGCCCGUCAGAAGCCAGGCAGCCAUGGGCCCUGAUUUCUCCUUCCUGCCGGGCCUGUCUGCUGCUGCUCACACCAUGGGUCUUCAGUGGCAGCCACAGUCCCCGCGACCAGGCGCAGGCCUGGGUGCAGCCAGCACCGUGGACCCCAGUGAAAGCACAGGCUCGUCCACGGCCCCACCGACCAAGCGGCAUUGCCGGUCCUUGUCAGAACCCGAGGAGCUUGUGCGCUGCCGGUCCCCCUGGCGUCCCGGCAGCUCCAAGGUCUGGACUCCAGUCUCCAAGAGGUGGUGUGACAGCGGCGGGAGUGCCAUGCGGCAGGGAAGCCCCGGCGCCGUCCUGCCAAGGAGUGCUGUGUGGUUGACCCGUCCCACCUCGCCCGCCACGCCCCGGCCGUCCUCCGCCAGUGGCGGCUUCGUGGACAGCAGCGAGGGCAGUGCGGGCUCAGGCCCGCUCUGGUGUUCCGCGGAGUCCUGCUUGCCCUCCACCAGGCGCCGCCUGUCCCUCUCACAGGAGCGACUCGCGGGUGUGGGCACUCCCCUGCCCUCGGCCAGCAGCAGCCCCACGUCCACGCCUGCGCUGGGCCGGCGCCGCGGGCUGCUCCGGUGCCGCUCACAGCCGUGCGUGCUCAGUGGGAAGAGGAGCCGGCGCAAACGGAGGCGUGAGGAGGACGCCAGGUGGACACGUCCAUCCGUGGACUUCCUGAAAAUGACCCAGACUUUAAAACAUUCAAAAAGCCUUUGCUACCUCAAUUACGAAGAUGACGAUGAGGAUGACACCCCAGUGAAGACGGUUCUGUCCUCCCCAUGUGACUCCCGGGGCCUCCCUGGCAUCACCAUGCCUGGCUGCAGCCAGAGGGGCCUCAGGACCAGCCCUGUCCACCCCAACCUGUGGGCCUCUAGGGAGUCGGUGACCGGUGAUGGCUCCCGCAGGAGCAACGGGGACCCCCGUGAUGGGGACAGUGUCGGGGAGGAGGGCGUCUUCCCCCGGGCCGGCGGGGAGCUGGACCUGGAGCAGAUCGAGAACAACUGAGGCUGGUGGGGGCCAUGGCUGCCGCCUGCACCUGCCCUGGGGCACAGAGUAGGUUUCCUGUGAGCUGGUCGGGGCCAUGGCUGCCGCCUGCACCUGCCCUGGGGCACAGAGUAGGUUUCCUGUGAGCUGGUCGGGGCCAUGGCUGCUGCAUGCACCUGCCCCGGGGCACAGAGUAGGUUUCCUGUGAGCUGGUCGGGGCCAUGGCUGCCGCCGGCACCUGCCCUGGGGCACAGAGUAGGUUUCCUGUGAGCUGGUCGGGGCCACAGCUGCCACCUGCACUGCCCUGGGGCACAGCCUAGGUUUCCUGUGAGCUGGUCGGGGCCAUGGCUGCCCCCGGCACCUGCCCUGGGGCACAGAGUAGGUUUCGUGUUGCUUGGAACAUUAAGGCGUAAUUUUGAUUCAGUUUUUCCUAAAGAAGCAUUUUGCAUUUUUAUGGCUUUUGCAGUUCGGGAGAAAGCUUCUCUAUUUUGGAUGCAUUUCAGAAGGGCGUUCUAUUAAACAUGAAUCUGCAAACAGAUUAACAUGCGUCUGUGUUCCCCACGAAAGGCCUGCUGUGCAGGGCGCCUUGUGUGCUUUAGUUGCUAGGAAACCCCAGGCGUUGGUGAUCAGGGUCCCACUGGCCCCGUGUGUCCCCUCCCUCCCGACGGGUCACGGUGCUUGGGGCUUGCGCAUGGGCAUCUGUGCCCAUGAACCUUGUCACCCACGUGCCAGUGAACCGCCAGCUUGUGGCCGCCUGGUUUUCCACCGGUGGCAGUGAUGGCCUUUGGGGCAGACCAAGCUGCCAUGAGUCCCUGCUUCCCGUGGCCUGGGAGGGCCCUUGCACCUUCAGGUGGGGUGUAGUGCCAGACCUCUGGGAAGGCCGUCCUGCCGGCAGCACCCGUCAGCACCCACUCUGUGAAUUUAAUACAAGGCCUUUGCUUUGUG